AUGAGUACUCAGACGGUCAACGUUCUCAUUCUUGGAGCGACCGGAUACACUGGCACGCUCAUCACCGAAUAUCUCGAACAGCACCCAGAACGAACAAAGUUUAGCCUCGGAAUCGCUGGCCGCUCCCUGGAAAAGCUCCAAAAGCUGAAAAAGGACCUUUCUCUCUCUGCAGGUGUCAAACUCUUUGCGUUUAAUCUCUCGGAUGAGCACGCCAUCAACGACACUGUCCGACGCGCCAAUGUGAUCAUCAAUUGCAUCGGUCCUUUCUGGCGGUACUCGACCCCUAUUGUCCGGGCAUGCGCCGUCAAUGGCGUCCACUACGUUGACAUUACCGGAGAGCCCUGGUGGAUCCGGGAUCUCCUCAGAGAGUACGAUUUUACUGCAAUGAAAUCCAAGGCGAUUAUCAUCCCCGCUUCAGGGAUGGACUCUGUUCCCAGUGAUCUCGCCGUGUACCUCUCCGCGCGUGCAUUGUUAAAACGAGGAGAGGGGAUAACACUAGGCAAGAGCGUGACAGCAAUUCGGGUCCCACCUGGAUUGUCGGGUGGGACGCUCUCGACCGUCCUGUCUGCUGCAGAGCUUCCAAAGAGCAAGUUAAUCGGCCUAGAGGACCCAUUUGCGCUCACUCCAGCCAAGGGCAUCGUCCGUCCAUUCAAAAUGGUCCACUCUCUCCCCUUUACAUCCAUCUACGGCGGCCAAUCUCUGAUGGAAUCGAUAAACGAGAAGAUUGUCAACCGGACUUGGGGUCUCUUAGAAGCAGACGCGCUCUCCACCGAACUCUCCGCGUCGAGACACGCACCCCCGUUCCGAUACGGUCCAAACUUUGUUUACCAAGAGUUUUCGCAGACACCUUCACGGUUUGCUGGUUUGAUGCUCAGUGUCAUGUACUUUUUCGGCGCCGCUGUAGUCUUUCUUUUUCCUCCUGUGCGGUGGUUCUUGAAGAGGUUUGGUCCGCAACCUGGUGGAGGACCAAAGCAAGUGUUCACGGACAAGGCCAAGAUUGUGUACACCAACGUCACGUCGACAGAUGGUCCAAAGCCAGAACACGUCAAGACGCGAGUCGAGUUUCGUGGAGGCGCGUACACCACUACCGCAGUUCUCGUAUCUGAGUCUGCUUUGGCAAUAUUAUUCAACCAUGCGGAAUUGCCCAAGCUUGGGCAAGCUGGAGGUAUUCUUACACCCAUGGCGGCACUCGGCGACACAUUGGUGACGCGCUUGCUCAAUUCGGGUCGUCUCACAUAUGACACGCACACCCUUCAUCCUGGAGAAUCUCGCAAGGCAGUCUAG